UAUUUCGUAAAACCUAGCACCGGCGGAGCAGCAGCGGUCUCUCUCUCUCUCUCUCCAUUCUCUCUCUCUCUCUCUCCCCAUAUAGUUGCAAAAUACGUAUAUGUGUAUUGGUAUUUGUAAAGAGUAUGGCGACGGCGAAGGACGCUCAGGCUGUGAAGUCUCUAAACAAGUCUCCUGGCCGCAGGCGCUUUGUGUUCCAGACAUUUUCUCAACGUGUGGAGGAAAUCGAGAUUGACGUAUUCCGAAGUCUCCAUCCUCUGAAGUCCGAGCCUUCCGAAGGGUCUUCAUUUUUCCGGGACUGUCUUGUUGAAUGGAGGGAACUGAACACUGCAGAGGAUUUUAUUUCCUUGUAUGAGGAAAUAAUGCCCUUGGUGCAAACAUUACCACAAAUAAUACUGCACAAGGAAUUGAUACUCUCGAAACUUCUUUCUAGAUUGCAAAUGGAAGGACGACUAUCUCUUGAGCCCAUUCUGAGGUUGAUUGCUGCCUUGUCAAGAGAUCUUCUGGAGAAAUUCCCCCAGUUUCUACAGAGGGUAGCUGAUGCUCUAGCAUAUCUUCUCAAAAGUGGAGCUGACAGAGAACCAGAGAUAAUUGAACAGAUUUUCACAUCAUGGUCGCAUAUCAUGAUGUAUUUGCAGAAAUAUCUUGUAAGAGAUGUUGUCCAUGUUCUCAGGGUUUCAGCCAAAUUAAGAUACUAUCCGAAGGAUUAUGUGCAAGAAUUUAUGGCAGAGGCAGUGUCAUUCUUGUUGAGAAGUGCACUUACUCACGCCCCCGACCAGUUUAUCAAGGGUACUAGAAAAGUCAUGGUUGAAGUUGCAAAGAAACCACUGGUGCAUAGAAAAUCUGGAGUUAGUGCUUUACUAUGGUAUGUUAUGAGAGGAGUUUCAUUAAAGUUGCAUUCAAGAGCAGAGCAAGUAUUACGGUUACUGAUGGAUGACUCAACACUUAAUAUUGGUGAUAAGUUUGUCGAAGGCUCACAGUCUGUGCUUGAAGUUGUUACUAUAGCCUUUCAAAGGUUAUGUGAGGAACUUGAGCCUACGGAAUUGAAGUUGUUGUGGCGUUGUUUAUUUGAAGAAAUAAAAGAUGCUGUAUCUAGUGGAGGAUCAUUGCACCUCUGUCGCCUGUUGUCCCUUCUGAUUUCUACCGCUCAUAAGGAUUACAUCCAGAAACUUUGUGAUUACCAACUUAUGCUUGAAGUUGUUGACUUGAUUAUGCAGAAGUUUGUGUUGCCUUCGGGAAUAGUAUAUACAGAGGACCAAUCUUCUGAAGUUGUUGAUAAGCUUUUGCAAUUGAUGCUUUGCAUUGUUGAUGGGCUCCGUUUAGCUGAUAAUGGGUCAGUUAUGUCUCAUGUUUCUUUGCAAUGGACUCCUGUGUUUAAGUUGAAGAAUUCAAGUUUGCUGACUUUUAUCAAACAAUUGCUCCUGAAGGAUCCUCGCAUAGUCUAUGCCUUCAGAAGGAAUAUUUUGAGUGCGUUGAGUGACUUAAUAGAAACUUCGGAGGAAGUAAUUCUUUUGCUACUUAUCUUUUCGGAAAGAAUAGAAGUUCAUGUUCAAAGCUCCGACUUGUUAGAUGGAACAUCCAGUCAACAGGUUUCAAGGAUUUGCACUUACCUGCAGAAUGCUAUUGGGCACUGGAUUGGGGUUAUCAAUCAAAUUGUGCAUGGCGAUCCAUCAUCCAUUCAACUUCCAGAGACUGCAUUGGCUUUGCUAUGGGGAAUCAUUAGUUGCUAUCCUUUUAUGAGCCAAGCAAACUCAUCCUUGUUACUUGAUUUUGUGGAUGCCCUCGAUCAGCUUCUGGUGAUUGAAUAUGACAAUAUUGCAGGGUUUCAUAAACACGCUUGGCAAAGCCUAAUUGGUGCUGCAUUGAGUUCCUUCAACAAACUGAGUUCUGGUAACCUCAAUAGAGAAGUAGUGAGCACAUUUUUGCAAGUUGCUGCAAGAUACAAGUCAUCAUCACAAAUAUUAUCAGCUGUAGCCGACUUUUUGGAUUCCAUGGAUCGGCCUACUUUUCAAGAAGGAACCAGCAGUGUUGUAUUGCAUUCAGAACUUAAAGCCACAAAGGCUAAAGAAUCAUUGGCUUUAUUUGCUGAAAAUUUGUGGCACUCAGACAAAGUGAUCCGUGUUUCGACUCUAAGAAUAUUAUGUCAUUAUCAACUUCUAAGUUGUGAGCAUUCUUCUAAAGAUGAGCCUGCUGAGAUAGGAAUGAAGACUGAAGUUUCUGAAUCUUGCCUUGCCGAUAACCAGGGCUGCAAUGUUCUUCAGCUCCUCCUCUCAAUUCAGGAUACACCUCUUUCAAUUACUACCAGCAGGAAAGUUAUCCUAUUGAUUUCAAGAAUACAGAUGGGCCUCUCUGGUGCGAGGAUAGCUGGAAUGUAUAUGCCCUCUGUUUUGUGUGGCGUAAUUGGUAUCUUCCAUAACCGGUUUAGCUAUCUUUGGGACCCAGCAUCGGAUUGCAUUGCAGUCUUAAUUAGCAAGUAUUUUGACAUGACAUGGGAUAUAUUUGUUCAGUAUCUUGAACAAUGUGAAUCUAAUUUUCUUGCAUCUCAUGAUCAAUCUGACAGAAGCAGAAGUGCGUCUAGUAGCAAGUCAAGUGAUUUAGUUCAACGGUUCGAUUUGUUCGUGUCGCCUGCAUCUGAUAACACACCUUGCACAACAGUUCUGACCUUGUUGAUCCAGUCUUUACAAAAAGUUCCAACUGUCGCAGAAUCUCGGUCUCAGCAAAUUGUUCCUUUGUUCCUUAAGUUUAUCGGGUACAAUGUCAGUGAUGUUGUCAGUGUGGGAUCAUUCAACACACAGGCGGUUAAAGGCAAGGAAUGGAAGAAUGUCCUUAAAGAGUGGUUAACCUUGUUGAAAUUGAUGCGAAAUCCCAGGUCUUUCUACAGGAGUCAAUUUCUUAAGGAAGUUCUGCAAUAUAGGCUGCUCGAGGAAAAUGAUGCUGAGAUACAGAUGGAGGUUCUUGAUUGCCUGUUAAAUUGGAAAGACGAUUUCUUAGUUCCCUACGAUCAGCAUCUGAAAAAUCUGAUCAGUUCAAAGAGUUUGCGAGAGGAACUAACAACAUGGAGCUUGUCAAAAGAAUCUAAUCUUAUUGAGCAACGCCAUAGAAGUUAUCUGUUACCUUUAGUUACCCGAGUUUUGAUACCAAAAGUCAGGAAGCUGAAAACACUCGCCUCUCGAAAGCAUACAAGUGUUCAUCAUCGGAAGGCGGUUCUUGGAUUUGUAGCUCAACUUGAUGUCGAUGAGCUUCGACUUUUCUUUGCCCUGUUAAUAAAGCCAUUGCUAAGCAUUUCACAAGGAUUAGAUGGGAAUCAUGGGAUGAGUAAAUGGUUCUGGAGUUCACCUGAACAGUCUAAGGAUGAAUUUGACUCAUUUAUGUUUUUGAAGUACUUCACUGUGGACAACAUAAUGGCCCUUUCUUGGAAGAAGAGAUACGCUUUUUUGCAUGUAAUAGAAGAUAUUCUUGGUGUUUUUGAUGAAUUGCAUGUGAAACCAUACCUUGACCUGUUAAUGGGAUGUGUUGUCGGCAUACUGCGGAGCUGCACAUCAAUCAUUGACAGCGGUUUAUUGGUGCUGGAAACACAUUCUAGCUUACUAACGAUGCACGAGAAAGGUGGUGGAGCAGCAAAUCAAAUCACGACUAGCACAGCAAUAAAGCAGUUCAAGGAGCUGAGAUCUUUAUGCCUCAAGGUCAUAUCUUUGGUUCUGAAAAAAUACAAGGACCAUGAGUUUGGUUGUGAAUUUUGGGACCUUUUCUUCAAGUCAGUGAAACCAUUGAUAGAUGGUUUCAAGCAAGAAGGCGCUAGUAGUGAGAAGCCAAGUUCAUUGUUUUCUUGCUUUCUUACCAUGAGUGGAGACUACAAGCUCAUAUCAUUACUUUAUAGAGAGAAAAGCCUUGUCCCAGAUAUUUUUUCAAUUCUUACGGUUCCAACAGCUUCUGAAGCCAUUUUAUCGUGCGUUCUUAAGUUUGUUGAGAACCUAUUGAAUCUUGAUAGUGAACUCGAUGGUGAAGACAAUGCUGCGAAGAGAAUACUACUUCCUAACCUCGAUGCACUUAUCAAUGGCUUGCAUUGUCUUUUCAAGUUCAACAAUGCGGCAAGGAGGAAAUUGGUGAAAUGUCCUGGGGAAAGAGAGCUCUGUAUUUUCAAUUUAUUGUCCAAGUAUAUCAAGGAUCCUUCAGCAGCGAGUAAAUUUGUUGAUAUCAUGCUCCCUUUGCUAACAAAGGAAGUUCAAAGUUCUGAUGCAUGUGUGGAAGCUUUGCAUGUCAUUCAACAAAUGAUACCAGUAUUAGGAAGUGAAAGUACAACAGAAAUUCUUAAUGCAGUUUCUCCACUUCUUAUUUCUGUUAGUCUGGAUCUAAGGAUGUCUGUUUGUGAUCUUCUUGAUGCUCUUGCUGGAACUGAUUCUUCCCUUAUUGCUGUGGCGAAACUUGUUCGUGAACUAAAUUCAACUUCUGCUAUGGAAAUGGGCGGGCUUGACUACGACAGUGUUAUUGGUGCUUAUGAAAAGAUCAGCAAAGACUUCUUUUACACAGUUAAAGAGAAGCAUGCAAUAGUCAUUUUGUCUCAUGCAGUGCACGACAUGUCAUCAGAAGAAUUGAUUUUGAGGCAAAGUGCAUUUAGAUUAUUACUUUCGUAUAUUGAAUUCUCUGCUGAACUUCUUGAACGAGAGAUGAAAUCUGAUGAUCGAAGCUGGUCUGAGUCAUGCAUCCAUCAGAUAAUCAACAAGUUCUUUUUCAAACAUAUGGGAGAUGCAAUGAACAAAGAAGCUUCUACUCAUAAGGUAUGGAUUGAGUUACUGCGGGAGAUGGUCUUGAAGCUUUCGAUGGUGCCAAGCUUAAAAUCCUUGAAGGUUUUGUGCAGUGAAGAUGCAGAACAAGAUUUCUUUAACAAUAUUCUGCACUUACAGAAACACAGGAGAGCAAGGGCUUUGUUGCGCUUUAGAAACUUCGUCAUCUCAGGCAGCUUGUCAGAGGUUAUCACCAUUAAAGUGUUCGUUCCUCUCUUUUUCAACAUGUUAUUUGAAUUACAAAGAGGGAAGUCAGAAAAUGUACGGAGUGCAUGUUUGGAGGCUCUUGCAUCUAUAUCUGGUAACAUGGAAUGGAAAUCGUACUACGCAUUUCUAAUGAGAUGUUUUCGAGAGAUGUCCCGAAAAUCAGACAUGCAGAAGGUCUUACUGCGGCUAAUCUGCCUUGUUCUAGACCGGUUUCAUUUUAUAGAAACUUAUUCUGGUCAAGAAGCUGAGGGUUCUAUAGUGGAGGAAUCAAAAACCGUCUUGCGCCGUUGUUCUAGUUCAGCUGAAGUCCAGGAACAUCUCCUUAGAAAUGUGCUCCCAAAGAUACAGAAAUUAAUGGCUUCUGAUUCUGAUAAUGUCAAUGUCCACAUCAGUAUUGUAGCACUUAAGCUACUUAAAUUGCUUCCUGGUGAUGUCAUGGAGUUACAACUUCCAAGUAUUGUCCAUCGAAUUUCAAACUUCCUUAAAAAUCGUUUGGAAAGUAUUCGUGAUGAAGCUAGGGAUGCUUUGGCCGCUUGUUUGAAGGAGCUAGGGUUGGAGUACUUGCAGUUCAUUGUUAAAGUCUUGAGAGCUACCUUGAAGCGAGGAUAUGAGUUGCAUGUGUUGGGAUAUACUCUCAAUUUCGUUUUGUCAAAGUUUCUUGUGAAUCCUGUAGCUGGGAAGUUGGAUUAUUGUUUGGAAGAUCUUCUUUCUGUGGUGGAGAAUGAUAUUCUUGGGGAUGUUUCGGAGGAAAAAGAGGUGGACAAGAUUGCUUCAAAAAUGAAAGAGACUAGAAAGCUCAAGUCAUUUGAAACCCUCAAAUUAAUUGCCCAAAAUAUCACAUUCAAAACACAUGCUGUGAAGCUGCUUUCACGUGUUGCCAUUCGUUUGCAAAGGCAUUUAACCCCCAAAGUGAAAUUGAAAUUGGAGUCCAUGUUAAACAACAUAGCUUCUGGUAUAGAGUGCAAUCCAUCUGUAAAUCAACCUGACCUUUUUAUCUUUUUGUAUGACCUCAUUGAAGAUGGCAUUACUUAUGAAGCUCGUACAAAUACAAGUUCCUCUGUUUCAAAUACGAAUAAGAAAUCUGGAGAUGGGCUAAUUGGAAAAAUAACUACAUCGGGCAGGUUAAUUGACUGCACCUCACAAUCUUUCCAUCUUGUAAAAGUGUUUGCUCUUGGAUUGCUGCACAGUUGCAUGAAGAAGACAAAACUUCACAAAAAGGAUGAACAUGUGUUGUCAAUGUUGGAUCCUUUUGUCAGAUUGCUCACUGAGUGCUUGACUUCCAAGUAUGAAGACAUAAUAUCUGGCGCACUGAGGUGCCUUGCUCCACUUGUGGAACUACCUUUACCAGCUCUUAAAUCGGAAGGUGACAAGAUAAAGACCUCUCUAUUGGUUAUAGCGCAAGGCUCAAUGAAUGGCAGUCCUCUGAUGCAAUCAUGUCUAAGGUUGCUAACAGUGCUACUUCGAAACCCCAGGAUUACUCUCUCAGCAGAUCAAUUGCAUAUGGUGAUCCAAUUUCCUUUGUUUAUUGAUCUCGAAAGAAAUCCCUCAUCUAUUGCUCUUUCACUUUUAAAGGCAAUUGUGAAUCAGAAGCAUGAAAAGCUCGUAGGUCAUGAGAUAUAUGAUCUUGUCUCUCGGGUUGCAGAACUGAUGGUAACAAGUCAAGUUGAAUCAAUUCGCAAGAUAAGCAGUCAAAUUCUAUUGCAGUUCUUACUUUAUUAUAGACUCUCUGAGAAACGAUUGCAGCAACAUCUUGAUUUCUUGCUUUUAAAUCUCAGCUAUAAACAUUCGUCGGGAAGAGAAACUGUGCUUGAAAUGCUCCAUGCAAUUGUGAUGAAGUUCCCGAAACCCGUACUAGAUAAGCAUUCGCUGGAAAUAUUUGUUCGUUUGGUGUUUUGUUUGGCUAAUGAUAAUGACAACAAAGUCCGGUCAAUGACUGGUGCUGCUAUAAAGCUUCUGAUUGGUCAUGUGAGCCCGCAUUCACUUCAUUCCAUUAUUGAGUAUAGCUUCUCUUGGUACUUAGGUGGACAGCAGCAUUUGUGGAGUGCUGCAGCUCAGGUCUUGGGAUUUCUGGUCGAAGUAAUGAAGGAUGACUUUCAGAAGCAUAUCAAUAGCGUGCUACCAGUAAUGACAAGUAUUUUCCAAUCUGCUCUCGAUGAUCUUAAAAAUGGGUCGCUAGAUGUUUCUAAUGAAGCUAAAUGGAAGGGGGCAUACUACUCACUAAUUAUGUUGGAGAAGAUAUUGCAUCAAUUCCACGAUUUGUGUCUGGGAAGUGAUCUUGAGAAUAUAUGGGGAAUAAUUUGUGAGCUUCUGGUGCACCCGCACAUGUGGUUGCGCAAUGUAUUGAACCGCUUGGUGGCCCGGUACUUUGCCUCAGUAAGCGAGGCUGACGGAGCAAAUCAUGACAAGUCAUUAGGGACAUUUUUUCUGAUGAGACCAAGUAGACUUUUUCUCGUUGCUGUUUCUCUCUGCUGCCAACUGAAGGCCCCGCUAAUUGAUGAUGCAGCCAGCACCCUAAUUGCACAAAACCUCACCUUCGUAAUAUGUGCUUUGCAAUCUUUCUUGGGGCCAAACAAACUGGUGGGUGACCAAAGUAUUUGGUCAGCUGUUGAACACCACGAGCAAGUUUGUUUUGUUGAGGCUUUCCAGUUGCUGGAUUCAGGAAAAGGUGGAACUAUGUAUGCAUCCUUGACAUCUGGCGAUAACAGUCAUAAUGCUGAAGAGAAUAGUGAUCAUCAUCAACCUUUGCUGGUAUCUUACCUGCUGAAGAGAAUGGGAAAGAUUGCCCUUAAGAUGGAGGCUGUUCAGAUGAAAAUUGUUUUCAAUGUUUUCAAGGCAAUCUCUCCGAAAAUCAUAGACCCAGAGAAGUUCUCAUCACAACCUAGCGACUUCCAGGGAUAUGCAUAUCCAUUGCUGUUGCCGUUGUACAAAGUUUGUGAAGGAUAUGCUGGGAAAGUUAUCCCAGAUGAUGUGAAACAAUUAGCGCAAGAGGCUCUUGAAACUAUUCGAGAUUCGUUAGGGAUUAACAGUUUUGUACAAGUUUACAGCCACAUCAGGAAAAGUCUCAAGGCGAAGAGGGAUAAGAGGAAACAGGGAGAAAAAGUUAUGGCUGUGGUCAACCCAGAGCGAAAUGCCCAAAGGAAGCGGAGGAUUUCUGCAAAGAAUCAGGCCAACAAGAGACGGAGAGUAACGACAAUGAAGAUGAGAAAGUGGGUGCAUUAGAAAGCUUCGUUUUUUGAGGAUGGCAAACUUUUAUGUCAUGAAAUUUUGCUUCCGAUUCUAGUUUUGUAAUGAGGAAAUGAAUAUGGUUUCUGUUGAGUGAUUUUUGAUGAAGAGUGGUUGAUCAUGUUCUCUGUUUGUGGUAGUUGGGGUAUAUAGAUGUAAGUAUAGAUUCGAAAAUGUCAAAAAUCUAGUUAUAUAAUGCAAGUUGCAGUGAUCAGGUGGUGAUCACGUUUUUAGUUGAAA